AUCUUGACUAUUGUGAAACGUCAUUGUGAUAGAACUGUCGUGCAGUGUGAAACCAAAAACAAAAGCAAUUGUAUCACUUCAAUGUUUUUCUCUCCUCCGUUUACAACGAGGAAAAUAGAUAUUUCUGCCUGUUAGUUAGCAUCCAAAUGGCAAAGAGUGGCAAUACAGAACCGAAUAUAAGUAAAUACUUUGCUAACGAUCCGCCGAGCUGCUUUGAUAGCUUGACUGCCGACGAAGAUGGUCGCUCCCAAGGAGCUGUAUCGGAAGCAUAUUUAUCUUACGAUUACUUAGCAAACAGUUCGAUGGAGCAACAAGCGCAAAUAAACAUUCCCGAUAGUGUACGCGACAUGUGGGAACCACCGAAGAUGGUCCCGGGCAUUCCACCAACAAAUCUCACCAUGCCGGGUGUGAGUGUUGCCACCGAUUUGACUGAUCCAGUCCAGGACGCCGUAGGGUUGUUGGUGGAUGCCAGCGAAGCACAACAGCGCAAGCUACUGCUGCCGGACAACGUUACCCAAGAUGAACGAGGAUUGCGAGAGCUGAUCGAGAAUGGAUGCUUCCGAUCGGCUGUUAAUUUGACAGCGCGUUUGCUGACGAUAAAACAGCAAGGUUUUGGCCAUGCUGGCCAUCCGGUGAAGCAUAGCCCGAAUUCGCUGCAGCUAUGGUUUACGCGUUUAGCACUGCUCGUAAAAUUGGGCCAGUAUGAAAUAGCCCGCGUUGAAGCGGAACCAUUCGGUGCGCUAAGCAAUCCGGAUGUCUUUUUCGAGUUUUAUCAUCCGGACAUGCACGCCGAUCGGAAGGGUUCCAUGGCACCUUUCUCUUUCCGGUUGCUGCUUGCCGAGUUGCCCGUUUAUCUUGGUGUGCCACGUGUCGCGCUGAAUCGUUUAACGGAUCUACUGGCGGUCGUAAAUCAGAUACGAUCGUAUUUCGAACGUACUGUUGGAACCGUAUCACACGCAAAGGCAGCGCACGAGUUCUGGACGACGCGGGAAACGCGCAUUUUACAUUCCAUCGUCAAUUGUGCCCUUGCGGUAAAAGAUUUCGGUCUGGUAGAACAAUUAAUGGAUCGCCUGGUUGGUGCAGCAUCGACUCCACAAAAACGAAUUCUACUCUCCGCGUGGGGACGGAUACGGCUACAGUGCGGUGAUAUAUUAGGCGCAGAGAAGAAAUUCUCCGAAGCACGUCGUCUUAAAGAGAAUAACAGCUCCGAAGCUCCUGAUCUUAUCGACCGAGGGUUACUAGCCGUCGCCCAAAACGAUUUCCAGAGCGCAUUUGAACUGUUCCAGAAAGCAUCUGAAGCGGCACCAACCAACACAAUGCUGUAUAACAACAUGGGCGUAUGUUUAUUGUAUUCCGGGAAGCUUAAGGAGGCAAUCAAGCUAUACGAGGGGGCAAUCCAGCGUAACACCAAGUCCUGUCUGAACGAAUCAUUGCUCGUGAACUUGUCGACAUUGUACGAGCUAGAAUCGAAUCAUGCGAAAGAGAAGAAAAUCAAUCUGCUAAAGCUGGUUAAUCGACACCGGGCCGAUCUAACGGUGGGGCUGGAUGUCUGUCUCAAACUACAGACUACAGUGUAAUAGACGGGCUAGAAGCAAAAGCUACUUCCGCUGGGCGAAGUAAAUCAAAAAGACAUUUCUUUAUGUUAGCAGGCAGCAUAGAUAAAUUAGUAUAGAUUUUCGGUAAAUUUAUUUUUUUUUGCCUAAAAUGGUUGAGAUGUUAGAUGCUGAAGCAUGGAUAAUAAAGAAGGAACGUAACUAAGAAAUAUUA